AUUUGAGCUCAAGAAUCACGAUAGGUGCGACCAGCAGUUCUGCAAAUCACAGCACCAUGGCUCAACAAAUUGUAGAUAGUGGUAUCAAGGAGAACAAGGUGUUUGUGAUCAGUAAAACUUACUGCCCUUUCUGUACCAAGGCUAAGAAAUACCUCAACCAAGCUGGAAUAAAAGAUGCAAAGAUAUUAGAGAUAGAGGACAUGUCGGAGAUGGACGCUAUACAGGACUACUGCAAGAAGCUGACCGGUGCACGGAGUGUACCCCGUGUCUGGAUUAACGGCAAGUUCAUUGGAGGAGGAGAUGAUGUGGAGCGAGCCUUCAAGAAGGGGGACCUCCAGAAGAUGGCUUAGCUUUUCUUAGUGUCCCGUUGAAAGUAGAGUCCUCGUUUUAUAAAUGCUCUAAUAAUAUGAUUGUUUCAUGGUAUGGUUCGUUAUGCAGAUA